AUGGUUGGGGAUAAAGUUUGGCUGAAAGUAUCUCCCACCCGGGGAGUGAUGAGGUUUGGAAGGAAGGGCAAGCUGAGCCCCCGAUUCAUAGGACCUUAUGAGAUACUCGAGAGGGUUCGGAAUUUGGCUUACCGGUUAGCUUUACCUAUGGAGUUGGAGCGAGUGCAUAAUGUUUUUCAUGUGUCCCAGCUUAAGAAGUAUGUUCAUGACCCGACACACGUUCUACCACCGGAAGUGAUUCCUUUGGACGAUGAUAUGUCUUAUGAAGAGAGGGCGCUCAAAAUUCUAGAUUUUAAGACUCGGGAUACGCGUAGAAAGUCAGUAAAGAUGGUGAAGGUUUGGUGGUCGCAUCACGGUGUAGAAGAAGCUACUUAG